GGCUUCUGAAUCUUUGAUCUGGAGCCAGAAAACGCGAAGGCUCGUUUAACUUCCUAGAGAACUUAAACUUACGACUUCACUCUUUAAAAAAACAUGGAUUUCUCCGGCCUCAUCGCUUCUUAUAGACCACCAUCAGCAAUUGAAGAAGAUGUCUUGGAAAUCUACCACCGGGGUAACCAUUCCAGACAGCCUUUGCGGCAACUGGCCGACCACAUCAUUCGCCGUGAGUCUAUGGAAUUCAUCAAAGAGUUCAUCGAGAAAGAGGACUUGUUCGGCUGUUUGAACGAACCUAUCCACAAAGGGCUGAGGCUUCUGCAUUACGCCGCAUACCAGGAAGAGAUGGACAUUAUGUUGCUCCUGUUGGAUUGUGAUGCCGAUCCUAACAUCAUGGAUGACAUGGGAUACACUCCGGUGCACAUAUGCUCUGAGAAAGGUUAUUCCCACCUGAUAGAAAUUCUCAUGGCUUAUGGAGCUCGGAUACGUUUCACAGAAAUCCAUCCUGGGGAUCAAAGUUACGGACACCCACCCCGUGCAACCUCAGCAGACGAACCAUUACGAUUAGCCAUAAGGUUCUGUGAACAUGAAACUGCUCGAUUUUUGCUGGAGCAUGGAGCAAAUGUCAAUGCUUGCUAUUAUCUCGGUCAGGAAAUCAACCUGGUGAACUCUCUGGAUACGCGAUCAGUAGAGCUACUGCUACUUUAUGGAGCUGAUGUAAAUGCCAGAGAUCUGCAGGGUCUUACGCCUCUGAUGAAAGCAUGCCGCAAUUCUCAAGCUGUGGAAACUGUCAACCUGUUGAUAAGCUAUGGUGCUAAUGUCAAUGCUGCGAGUAUUGAAGAUGGGAAGACGGCUUUACACUACGCUGUAUUGUUGGGCAAUUUGGAAAUCGUUCAAAUAUUGGUCUACAACGGAGCUAUCGUUAAUUUUCCCAUGGAAAGGACAAGACCACCUCCUUUGUAUUAUGCUGUUCUUCGAGGCGAUGUGGCGAUCUUAGAAUUCCUUUUGGAUUCUGGAGCAGAUAUCAAUACCGUCUCAGUUGUGGUUGGCUCGGCUUUGCACCUUGCGCUUGUAGAAAAGAUCGCCAACCAAGUAGAGAUCGUGCACACACUUUUACGCCGAGGAGCUAAUCCGAAUGCCAUUACUUUAUCAGAUGGCAAACCUGUGCUGAAACCUCCUAUGGGAGAAUAUCUCCAGAACUGUGAGCAUCCACGCUUGGAGAUCUUAAAAUUGCUUCUGAGGUAUGGUGCCCGUAUAGUUUUCGAAAUCCAGAGAAAUCACAAUCUUGGAAUUCUAAAAGUCGUACACAGAAUCCAUCUCGGUCUAAAUCCAGAAGUGUUUGCAUUAUUAGUCGAAGCUUCUGAAACUUUCAAUAUUCCAUUUAUAGAACAAUCUAGACAGUUGAGUGAAGACCAUAAAGAAAUACUCUACAAAAGAGCUUUGCAGCCUUUUACACUUCAGCAAGCAGCAAGGAUACAGCUCAGGAAAAAUUUAGGCUGGGGUCCUUCAUUUCUUAAAGCAGUUCAAGGUCUCGGGAUCCCUAAGUCAUUAGAAAGCUAUGUAUUAUUUGAAGAAUGAAAGUCUUGCUUGAAAAUUUAAAACAAAUCGUUGUGCAUCCAGCUCAUUUUUCAUAUACAUUUUAUAUAUAGUUGUAAUAUUGUGUGUUUAUAUUUGGAUGGUUUGUAAAAUGCUUAUUAAUUUUUCAUAAAAUAAUUGAUUAAAAUUUUAUAUUUAUUAGUA